UCUCUCCGUGUAUUUAUUUAUGAGCAAAUCCUCCGCUCUUCGAAGUUCGACCUCACCACUCUGAAAUUCUCUCUCUAACUUCUCUCUUCAAAUUCUCCCGUGUUUGUGUGAAAAUGGGGAGUGUCGAAGGAGACAGAACAGUAACGGGAUUUGCCGCAAAAGACCCAUCUGGGAUUCUCUCCCCUUACACUUACACUCUCAGAGCCACCGGUCCGGAAGAUGUUUUCAUCAAAGUGAUCUGCUGCGGAGUCUGCCACUCCGAUCUUCACCAGAUCAAAAACGACCUCGGAAUGUCCAAUUACCCCAUGGUUCCUGGCCACGAAGUCGUCGGAGAAGUUGUGGAAGUCGGAUCGGAAGUCGAUCGGUUCAGAGUUGGGGAACUGGUCGGAGUUGGGUGCAUCGUCGGAUCCUGCUCCAAGUGCAGCCCCUGCAAUUCCGACAAGGAGCAGUACUGUAACAAGAGGAUCUGGAGCUACAACGACGUCUACCACGACGGCUGCCCCACCCAAGGCGGCUUCUCCUCCGCCAUGGUCGUCGACCAGAAGUUUGUGGUGAGGAUCCCGGAAGGGAUGUCGCCGGAGCAGGCGGCGCCGCUGCUGUGCGCGGGAGUGACGGUGUACAGUCCGCUGAGCCAUUUUGGGCUGAAACAGAGCGGGCUGCGCGGGGGGAUUCUGGGGCUCGGCGGCGUCGGCCACAUGGGGGUGAAAGUGGCGAAGGCGCUGGGCCACCACGUGACGGUCAUAAGCUCGUCGGAGAAGAAGAGGGAGGAGGCGCUGGAGCAUCUCGGCGCCGACGAGUACCUGGUAAGCUCCGACGCGGAGGAGAUGCAACGCGCCGCCGACUCGCUGGAUUACAUCAUCGACACAGUGCCGGUUUUUCAUCCCCUCGAGCCGUAUCUCUCGCUUCUGAAACUCGACGGCAAAUUGAUCUUGAUGGGUGUCAUAAACACUCCAUUGAAAUUCGUUUCCCCUCUCCUCAUGCUCGGGAGGAAGACGAUUACAGGGAGCUUCAUCGGGAGCAUGAAAGAGACGCAAGAAGUUCUGGAUUUCUUCAAGGAAAAAGAGCUGAGCUCCAUGAUUGAAGUGAUAAAGCUGGAGUACAUAAACAAGGCGUUGGAGAGGCUGGAGAAGAACGAUGUCAGAUACAGGUUCGUCGUCGACGUCGCCGGAAGCAAGGUUCCUCAGUGAACGGCGCCGGAGAAGACCCACGAGAAUUUCAAUCACCGGCCGGCCGUAUUUGGGGAAAUUAUUACAUCUACAUUACAUAUGCUCUGCACUCUGAACUUGGAUGGAUACAUGGGCACGUUUGGUUACUGUUAACAGUUUGUUUUUUGUGGACAAUAAAUGAAAGAAAAAAAAUAUGAGUUCUGAGAUUUGAUGAUUGGUUGCGGUUUCAAUACGCUGUCGUUUUAGGUAUUAGGGUUUGCUUUUUGUAUGCGGAAAUCGAGGAUAUUGAUAAGCUUACCUAACCCCUCAAACAUUCCCAUUUUUUUUGUUUUA